AUGAAGAAAAAGCAUUUUCAUGGCGGAACAAGAAUUGCUUUGAAUCCUCAUAACUCUAUUGUUAUCAGGAUUCCUGAUACUAAGGUUUUACGCAUUUUGUCUCGAUCAUUGUUCUUGGUUAUCAUUCUUGUCGCAUUGCCUUUCAUAGGUAACAUUCUUAAUGGAUUCUCUUUCACAUCGAGUUCUCAUUCAUUUGUUGCUUCCAAAUUUGAAUUCUUACAUGAUAUGGCUGAGAAAGGAAUCUACAAAAACGAUGAUAAGACUCUCAUUGUAAGUCCUCCCAAUGGCUUUGGAUUUGAGGGUAUUGAUGUGGUCAUGGAUAAUGAUUAUGAGAGAAAGAGGUUGUUUCUUGAUGAGUCCUAUGAUUUUGUUUUUGCAUCAAACUCUAGUGAUGUUGAAUUUGUUGAUCGGAUUGUAAAAAUGGGUGGAAUUGUGGUGAUGCUGAAUUCUUUGAGAGAUAAACCAUCAAAGUGUGCUUUUAAAGAACAAUUACAUUAUAGAGUUGUUUACUUUAGAAGUUAUGGAAGUUCUAUGAUUGUAGCAUUGAGGAAAACUAGCUCGGCAAUUAAACAACAAUAUGGAACAUGA